AUGAGGUUAUUGUCCUGGCUGACCUCUGAGUUGACCUCUUACCUCUAACCUCUGACUCUGUGUGCAGCCCUACUAAGAUCACCCUGAUAGGAGCGGUGCUGUUUGCCCUGCAGCAGACCCAGUACCUGCCCAUCCAGAAGCACCACCUCAUGCUGCUGUACACCGUCUUCACCGUUGUCAACAAAGUUAGUCACUAACCUGACCCUGAUCCUAACCCCUGACCCUGACCCUAUCCCUAGCCUGAACCCUAACCCUAACACUCACAGGGCAGGGCGUCUACAAAGACAUAGGGCCAGUUUCCUGGACCCAGAUCAAGAUAGAUAAAGCCUACACCUGGACCAAAAAGCAUGCUCAAUGGAGAAUCUCUGAAAAUACUUUUUAGUCCAGAAAUGGCUUCAAUCUCGAUCUGGGAAACCUCCCGAUACAUAAUGUUUAUGGCAAUCAAACAACAUUCUUUCUCCAUGUUGACUGUCUCACAGCAUCCAGUCCAUGUUAUUUGAAUGACCUACCUUACUUAUAUUUAGAUAUGACUCAACUUUAGACUUAGUAUUGCCCCUAGCAGUAGAAUUUUGCAUAAUUCAUCUCGUUGCAUCAUUCCUCCUCAAUACUCUCACUCUGAGAGAGGUCUUCUGCUCUUGACAUCUUAUAAAUCUAACCACAGGUUUUCAGAACGCUCCCAACUGUUAGAUUAGAGUUCACCCAUCACCUCAAUAAAGUUACAUUUAAUCUGAUAAGUCAUUUGAUAAGUCAUUUGAUAAGUCAUCUGAUAAGUCUUCUGUCUACUUCCUUAUGAGUCAUUCUGUAGUCAGUGUAUUCUCAUCACUCCACCCUGUCUCUCCUUCUCUUAAAACCCUUCCAUCUAUUUCUUUUUUCCCCAGACAAAUAUGAUGCUGACCGGCUCCUCCUCUUCACCCUUCGCUCCCAUCGAGUCUGUUGUGCACCGCACGUUCUUUGCCUGGCCAUCACCAUCCACAUGUACCAUUUUCACCUCUGAGACCAAGACCCCUGUAGUGAAGAAACCGUCCACAGAUAGCUCCUUGACCACUAAGAAGGGCACCGGUGAGAGCUUGAGCGGCGCAGCGGUCCCCGAGACCUCCAAGACCCCAUGGUCCCCGUCCAAGACUGCAGCACACAACAGGGGAAAGGCCUCACAGAAGAAGGCCAAAGAGCAGCCAGAGAAUACUGAGACGGAGAGCUGCAAGAAGAGUGACUAGAGCUCUUAUACUGCAUUGUACUGAAUAUUAAUAUAAUCUAUAGAACGGACAGUUGUUUAGCACACUGCAAUUUGACUGGUAAAGCCAUGGGUACACUUAAUGGGGCUGUCCAUUCAAUAAAUUAUAUGUAUAUGCUGUACUGCCCUCCUUAUCCUG